AUCCCAGGGAAGAGGAGGUGGAGGUGGCGGCCGUGGAGGCGGAGGAGGAGGAGGAAGAGGAGGGGGGCGGGGAGCAGGGAGGCUGAGCUGCGUUCGCCACCAACAUGCCCUUUGAUUUCAGGAGGCUUGACAUCUACAGGAAGGUGCCAAAAGACCUUACGCAGCCAACUUUUACAGGAGCAAUUAUUUCUGUCUGCUGCUGUUUCUUCAUAUUGUUUCUCUUCCUGUCUGAGCUUACUGGAUUCAUAGCCACUGAAAUCGUUAACGAGCUCUACGUGGAUGAUCCAGACAAAACGAGUGGUGGUAAAAUAGAAGUAAAUUUGAACAUCAGUUUGCCGAAUCUGCACUGUGAAUUGAUUGGUCUGGAUAUCCAAGAUGAAAUGGGAAGACAUGAAGUUGGCCACAUUGACAAAUCGAUGAAAAUUCCUCUGAAUAAUGGGGAUGGGUGCAGAUUCGAGGGCCAUUUUAGCAUUAACAAGGUUCCAGGUAAUUUUCACGUAUCGACACACAGUGCCACUGCACAGCCUCAGAAUCCUGACAUGACACACGUCAUCCACAAACUAACCUUUGGUGACAAGUUGCAGGUCCAGAACAUUCAUGGAGCAUUCAAUGCGUUGGAGGGAGCAGACAAGCUCAGCUCAAACCCCCUUGCAUCCUAUGAUUAUAUAUUGAAAAUUGUUCCCACGGUGUAUGAAGACAUGAGUGGCAAGCAACGGUACUCAUAUCAGUAUACUGUAGCCAGUAAGGAGUACGUAGCAUACAGCCAUACAGGCCGCAUCAUUCCAGCCAUCUGGUUUCGCUAUGACCUGAGUCCUAUCACAGUGAAAUACACAGAAAGGCGACAGCCCUUGUACAGGUUCAUCACAACAAUUUGUGCCAUCGUUGGAGGAACCUUCACAGUGGCUGGGAUUCUUGAUUCCUGUAUUUUCACUGCCUCUGAAGCCUGGAAGAAGAUCCAGCUAGGGAAGAUGCAGUAACAAAGCAACUCUCCUCCAGGUCCUGUGAGAAGAAGCAAAGAAUAAAAACGUCACUGCUAUCCAUUUUCUUCCUUUGUAUCGUUUUCCAUUGGUACAUGCCACUUUAAUUAGUUAAUUGAAGACUUUGUAAAAGAGCAAACAAAACUAGUAGAGCAAUCCUAACAAGGGGCUGGGGAGGUAUGGAGCAGAGGACCCACCCGGUGUUACAUCCAAAGAUCUACCAGCCCUGAAACACACCUUUGGGGCUUUCUAUGCCCUACUGCAAUCGAAAGUACUGUCAGUGGGAGAUGACCAUCUGCCUGGCAUAGCUUGGAACUCAGCUAUGGCAGAGCCCUGCCCCAGCAACACUCCUCUCUGCUGUCAAAAGCCACUAGAGAGGAAUCUAUGCAGCAUUCUAGCCCUCUCCCACUACUCUGCCAGCCAUCAAAAUGUAAGGUUCAGAUUGCACUCUGUGUGUCUUGAAAGAUGGCAGCAUUGGCAGUGGGUGGGGCUUCCUACACUACAUCCUCUGAAAAUGAUUUUUGUUGUAAAACCAAAUCCUAUGGAUCUGACUAGUAUCAUUAUUUUUAAAUUCUCACAGGUGCUGGUCAAGGCGAAAACUAAUUAUGCAAAGUAGAUUUUUCUUUUCAAUCAAAAUGGACAAUCAUGUUGCCUUUGACAAAAAUUGUGCAUGAAAAACCCUAGCCUGGAUAUUGAGAUCAUUCUGAACAACAGUAAAAUAGAACGAUCUAUUUCUAUUAAUCUUCUGGGGUGUUAAAAUGGUUUCUCUUCUUUUCAGAAACUGAACAGUGUUAGCAUUUAUAGAUGGCAUAAGGCAGCAGGACAAAAGCAGAACGAAUGAAUUGAGAACUGCAAUAUGCAGCAGAAGAUGAUUAUUGGUAUCUAUUGCUGCAUUUUUUUGUUACUUCCUUCUGCCUUUUGAAGCAUUUACUACCCCACCUGCCCAGGUUAGAAUGUCUGGAUUGAAAGAGGAGAGAAUGAGGCACUCCAGUCACCUGGAUGGAUGAGCAUAAUUUUGAAAGACACAGAUGCCAAGAACAUAGGACUUGGCCCUCAGUGUGUGGAAUCCAAAUCCCUGUACAUAUUUUUCAAUUGUUUGCUUAUCUUUAAAAUUAUUUUAGAUUGCCAACAUUUGCCAAGGAGGAUAGGUACAGCCCUGUAAAAAACGAGACAAGGUUGCAGCACAGAUGUUUUCUACAGGUGCAUUUCAAUCUUAAGUAUAAAACAAUUGUUUGUGUGUGCCUGCAAUGAUUGGGGGAAAGGCAGAAAUACUGCUAGUAGUAGUUUUUAAUAUGCUGUUGACAUUGAGAACUACAGCAAGAUCUAUAAUUUCAAUAGACCUCAAAUAGUCCUUUGAUAUAUGAAUCAAGUGAUAAUUAGUUGCAUGCUUUGUACAUUUUAUAUCACCUAGAUAUGAAUGCACAUUGGCUGUGUGUUCUCUAGGUUUUGCUGCACUUCUUAAAAUAAACAUUAAGAAUUUCCAUGUU